GAAGUAAACUAAUAAAUCCUUGAAGCUGAGCCGAGUCGAGGCCGAGUUCGCGCGAAAUACGAAAAAACCGGGUGGGAGAAGAGGCCAAGCCACACUCGUCUCAUUCACUGUCACUCACUCAGUCUCAAAAUUCAAUUGUGGUGUGUGUUCCUUCCAUAUUUCCAUUCCAACCCCAUCCAUCUUUUCAUAACCCCAAAUUACCCUUCUUUCUUACUCUCCCUCUUAGGUUAUCGUCUUCUUCUCCUUACCAUCGUUCAAUCUCAUUUCUUCCGACAAAUUUCUCAAUUCGAAUUUUCCUCUGAAUAUUCAAACAUUCUUCUUUCAUUCUCACCACCGCCCAUAAUUUCACUGUUCUCUGGUUAGCUGUUCGUGGUGGAUUACAUGCAGAGGAAAUAUUUAAAUUUGGUGCUUGUUAGGUUGCUUGCAGAUGAAAGCUGUUCAGUAACAGUGAACAGCCUGGUGUUCUGCUUCAUACUUGUGUAGUGUCCUGCUCAGUAAUAUUCAACCUUAUAUGCUAAUGGCUUCUGAUCAAAGACGAAAGCGAUUAAAUGGUGCAAGCAUGGUUGGUUAUGGUUCUCUAGAGCAAUGUAGGACUAAAAGAAAGAAUUUUGGACCACCAGUGCAAAGUGAUUUAACCAUGAAAUCUCACAUUUCUGUUGAAUGGGAUUCUAAUCACCAAAGGGUUGUUGCCAAGCGGGAACAGAUUGGUAUCAGUUGGAGACAAAUGAAACCAUUUGCCAGAUUUGAUCACAAUGGACAUGAAGUCUUGGCAGAUGUGCUUGCCAUACCUGGAGAGAUUUUUGACCUGGAUAGUUUAAGUGGAGUGCUUUCCAAUGAGGUUUGGAACACACACCUUUUGGACAAUGAGAGAGAUUUUCUCAAGCAGUUUCUUCCUGGUGACUUAGAGCCACAUCAAGUUGUCCAAGAAUUACUUUCUGGAGAUGACCUUCACUUUGGAAACCCUUUCUUGAAAUGGGGUGCCUCACUUUGUUCAGGUGAGCUUCAUCCAGAUAUGAUUGUUUACCAAGAGCAACAUCUAAAGUCUGAUAAGAGAGCAUACUUCUCGCAAUUACGGAAUUAUCAUAAGGAUAUGAUUGGAUUUCUAAUAAAGUUGAAGGAGAGGUGGGAGAGCUGCAAAGAUCCAGAAAAGGAUAUUCUACCAAACACUCUGAGGUCAAAAAAUGUCAUAGAGAAAAGAAAACUUUCAAACUUGAAUGAAUUUAGAGAUGAUGAUCAUGAUGGGAAUAUUACAGUGACAUCUGAUUCAUAUUCCUGGGGUGCAGAGGAGAAAGCAUACGGUGACAGCCAAAUUUCCUCAAAGGGACAGGGCGAUGAACUUCAAAAAAGAAUGAUGUUUGACAGGGUGCUUGGCAAAGACUUCAAUAAAGGUAAUCCAAGAAAUAUGAUGGCUUCUUCAGAUUUUAUGAUUAACGUGGGAGGAAGACCCAAUAAAGGAGGCAAACUACCGAAGGAGAACAUUCAUGCCAGUGAUGGUGACAAAUAUAUGUCAUAUAUCAAGAUUAGCAAGAAGCAGCACGAACUUGUUAAGGGUUUGAAGCUAUCAUGUAAAAGUAUCCCGGCUAGCACUCUUAACUGUGUUUUGGGUGACCUUGAUAACUUUAAUGCACAACCGUACGGUUUAUUUAUCAAAGAAGAACAGAAGAACUUGCAUGAGCAUUGGUUGCAGUUGGUGAAGAAACACCUCCCUGCAUCAUAUGCAAGCUGGACAGAGAGACUGAUAGAGAAACGUGCAAUGAGAAAUUCUUUGUUGCUUGAGAUGAAAAAUAAGCCAAACGUACUGGUAGAGGAUGAAGAUAUUUUGAGCACAGGAGUCCAGGCUCAGGACAAGGAGGAUGGUGGUUUUAAUAAGCAGUCUAGCUUGGAAGAUAAAGAAGAUUCUAUUGUCAGUAUUCCAGAAAACCCGUCCCUCCAUAAUUCUUAUCACAGCGGCGAUGACGAGCUCCACCAUUUGCAUAUAGAUUCGAAAAACGAUAUUUUAUCAAAAGGAGAUGAUGCUUUACAUAACAAAACUGGACUUUUAAGUAUUAUGAAUAGUCAGAAUGAUCCUAUCGAUAAAGUAGCUUCUUUCUCGUCUGAUGAAGAUUCUAUUGCUAGAUUCCAAGAGAGCUUGUCUCUCCAUAAUUCUUAUCACAUCAGUGACAAAGAGCUCCGUCGCUUGCAUAUAGAUUUGGAACGAAGUAUUUUAUCAAAAGGAGAUGAUGCUUCGCAGAACAAAGCUGGGCAUUCAAGGAUUACGCACUUUCAGAAAGAUCCCAUUGGUGAAGAAGCUUCAUUGUCAUAUAAUGAAGAUUCUAUUUCUAGAUUCCCAGAGAAUACGUCCGUCAAUAAAUCUUAUAGUAGUGGUGAUGAGGAGCUUCACAGCUUACAUAUAGAUUUGGAAAAAAAUAUUUUAUCAAAAGUAGAUGAUGCUUCACAGAACAAAACUGAACAUUCCAGGAUUAUGCACUCUCAGGAUGAUCCCAUGGGCGAAGGAGCUCCUUUCUCGUAUAAUGAAGAUUAUGUUGCUAGAUUCCCAGAGAAUUUGUCUGUCAGUAAAUCUUAUCACAGCGGUGAUGAGGAGCUCCACCGCUUGCAUAUAGAUUUGGAAAAAAAUAUUUUAUCCAAAGUGGAUGUUUCACAGAACAAAUCUGAGCAUUCAAGGAUUAUGAACUCUCGGGAUGAUUCCAUUGGUGAAGGAUCGUCUAAUGGUCAUGCCUGGCAAGCAGUUGAAAUGCCACACUCUUACUAUGAUUUAGCUGCUACCCACAACUACUCUGCUGGUGGGUUAUCUCUGGUAAAUUCACAAAUGAACAAAGAUAAACAAAUUCAAAUGAUUGGGCCAGAAUCUAAUUUUCAUCAAGACACUGGUAAGGAGUUGUUACACAGGCAGUCAGCUGAUGGUUCCUUCAGUUCUUACCAAAGCCCGGAUCAAGUUGGCUUGAUUCAGUCUCUCAUCAAGGAUAAAGGGGUUAACUCCUAUCAUCAUGAACAGAAAAGAGCCGGGUUGAUUUUCCAGCCUUCAAAUGAUGUUCCGAUGGUUGAUGGCCAAUUUUCUAGUCAUUUUAAGGAGUCCUUGCAAACAUCUCUGACAUUGGAUCAAGAUCAGAGGCAAGCUGGUAACUUUUAUGUCCCAGAAAAUGUAUCAGGUAAUAUUUAUUCUGAUGCAGGAAGAUACUCAAUCCCCAGGCAAGAUCCAUUAUCUCCAGGAAAUAUAUCUGAUUGGGCUGUUAGUGCCCCUCGCAUGGUGGCACCCUCUCAACCUCAUGUAAAUACUGGAGAUUUCAUUGGUCAGCCUUGGUUUUCUUCUGAUCCUCAAGUUCAGGGUGCCUGGAAUGGAUCUAGCAUUGGGAGUCUAUCUAGUCAGAGUCUUGGCACUGGAGGGAACUCCGAUCAAAGCUUAUUUAGUUUUCUAUCUCAGUGUAAUCAAUUACGUUCGAGUAGCCCUUAUGAGUCAAUCAGACACACUGACCAGUUCCUUUCGCCCAGAACCUAUGGAGCAGUAGAUGCAAGUACACAUAGGAUCAAUGCUGUUGUACCACCAUCUUCUCAUCCACUAGAUUAUUUGAGUGGACGUGAUGCACCUGGUGCUCUGGUGCCUGAUGAUAUGACAUGGACGAACUUGCCUUCUCAGAAUCAUGUUUUAAAUGAUCAAGUGGCAAAAGCAUACUUGAGGUCAUGGAACCGGUAAAAUAUGUUUUUAUCUAGUUUAGCAUAGUUAGUUUUUGUGACUGGAGCAAGAUCCACAGAAGGGUUACAUAUCCUGAGAUGAGAUAGGUUUAUGUAAAUAACUAUACCAUGAUCACAAGUCAGCACCAUGUACAUAUCUAGAUGUUAGAUGUGCUGGAAAGAGAAAGCAGGGGUAAGCAAGCUUAAAUUUCAGGCUGAUAGGGAAGUUAGAUAUUUCGUUCUUAGUUUUGAAUUAUUUUUUAAUGUUUCUAGAGAGAUUCUUUAAUAAUCUUGAAAGGUAUCAAAUGCUGAAAGCAAGUGCCUCUUUUUGAGUUAUAUUUUUGUUCUUUUUCAUGAUUUGUUUAUAUUGAAACAAAUGGUCUUACUCAGGUAUGAACAUAUUCUAAUUUAUUUAUAACCUUUUCAGAACA